AUGAGCCUCGACGCUGCCCACGGCCGGCACAGCAUCUCACCUCCAAGCUCGGGUCGGUCUUCGCCAGUGCCACGCGCAACGCGUCGAACGGUCGAGGACGGAUUGUUCAAGACAGACAAGAGCCUUAAGGGAUAUGCUGCCAUCAUCGACAGAGUCCUAGCCACGUGGGAAAUAGCUCCAGAAGAAUGGGCCGACUACAUUUCCUUCCUGGGCAGACUGCUCAAAGCUAUACAGACACACCCGAAGGACGUCCCUUUGCUCCCACAUUGCAGCACUAUCAGCACAAGGCUGGCGCAAUGUCUCAACCCAGCUCUCCCAUCCGGCGUGCAUCAGAAGGCACUGGAAGUGUACACUUACAUCUUCUCCACCUUCGGCAGUGAGCAUAUUGCGGCACACCUACAUGAGUACCUACCCGGACUGUCCUCGGUUCUUUCGUUUGCUUCGCUGUCGGUCCGGCCGGCGCUCUACAGCCUCUUUGAGGAUCACAUCGUUCGUCUGUCAUCGGACGACCUUCGGCCCGCGUUGAAGUCUCUGGUGCUCAGUCUGCUGCCUGCUCUCGAGGAAGAGACUAGCGAGGACUUUGACCGCGCCUUCGCUAUACUGCGUGAGCUCGAGGACGAAUUCAUGCCGGACAGUGACUCUGACGCCCUUACGCAAGAGAGUGAUGGCUACUUCUGGCAAUGUCUCUUCUUAGCAGUGGUGACCAGUCCGACUCGGCGACAAGGAGCACUGAAUUAUCUGGUGCGUCAGUUGCCCAAGAUGGCAGGUACACCAUCGACGGCAGAUGGUGAGGUCAAUCGGAAAUUGAGUCCACAAGCCGAGUGUGUCAUCUCUCCCGAACCAGGGCUGCUCAUACGCUGCUUUGUGUGCGGGCUAUCAGACUCGCAAGUCCUGAUUCAGCGAGGCUUCCUCGACUUACUGGUCACUCAUCUGCCCUUGAGCUCGCCUGUUCUUCAACAAAAGAUCAACGAUGAUGAUCUCGAUCGCAUUGUCUCAGCAGCGACAGUCGUAUUGUUGCGCAAAGAUAUGAGUCUUAAUAGACGUCUUUGGAGCUGGUUCUUAGGUCCAGAUCCGAAGGAAUCGAAUCAAGCUUCCUCGUCAACACUCGAGCGACAAAAGUCUGGCGAAGAGGAGCCCAGUGGUCAGCUGCGUUACUUCUCGGACUUUGGCAAGGCGAGCCUAAGACGAUCUAUACUCAAGAUGCUCGAAAGUUCGAAUCAAGACCCUGUCGUCAAAGCUCGUCCGUUCCGCAUCUGUCUGUCCCUGAUGGAUCGAUGGGAAAUCGGUGGCCUGCUGGUACCGGACAUCUUUCUGCCAGCCAUGCGCAGUCUGCAUGCCUACAGUCUGACAGCCCCGAAGAAAGAUGUGGCAGAAGCCGUUCGCAGUGCAAGUCUGUUUUUCGAUGGCGUUGAAGCAAGCCUCAUCUGGCAGUGUCUACUUGGUGUCCUGCGCGAUGCUUUCAAGUGGUCCGGCUCUACUGAAGCACUCAUUCGAUUGUUCGACUGGGUCAUCUCAACCUUCAAUGUCCAAGAUGAAGAAAUGCUCACGAUUCACAUCCCGUUUGCAAGUCUAUAUCUGCUGUCACAGCUGGACAUCACGUCAGUACCAGCACAGGUAGCGACCUUGGCGGUUCGUGCUACGGCUCGACUGCUCGCCAUGGCCCCAACCAGAGUGUUUGCAAGCUCGAAAGAGCAAAGCAGCAUGACAUUCCAAUCGCCAGGUGAGGUGCCAGCUGCUAGGAAGGUAUCUGAAGCCGUUCUUGGCUUCUAUCGGUCUCAUGGCCAGGCACAUGAAUCACUACCGAUCUGCGGGCCUUCAUUGUGGCAUGCACAUAGUGCACCCUUGGCUUCUUUGCUCCAAAAGGCUCUAAACAAGCGGGAAGCCAGCGUCUUUUCCAGACUGGCCUUGUUGCAAACUGAGCUUAUGACCAAACGUCCAGCCGGGAUCUCCAAGACAUGGUUCAAGCAUAUUCAAGAAAUUUUACUGGAAGACUUGCGCACCGCUGCACGUGCGAGCAACAAGUUGCCUUUCCCGGUCCUCGUGUCGACCAUUAGCCUCAUGGAUGCUUAUGGUGACGAGCACUCUAAUGUGGACGCCACCGCACAUGAGUUAGGGCCUUUGCUGGCCUAUCAUGUUUGGUGCUAUAUCUCCCCAGAAUCGCCCAAGUACCACGUUGAAGCAACAAAGGCAAUGUGGCAGCUCGACGACUUCUUCUCAGAUCCUGCGAUAGUGACAGCUUCGGUCACUGCGCUUGUUAGAGGUGACACAACGGCUUGGACUGACCAAGUCGUUCCUCGUGUCGAGACUAUCAGACGAUUCGCCAUAUUCUGGACACAUUCGAUACCUGUCGAUGGCAUGAAAGUCGCAGCUGGCCGACGUAGUAGUGCGAAUUCUAUCCUGGCAGACACGAAGCAAUUGCUGCGCGCUCAAGAAGUGCUCAAGGUGCCACUACUGCUGACCUUGGAUGCUUUGGAGUGCUCUACAGAUCCUUCGUUUGACACUGUCAAGAGCUGGCUGCAGAAUUCGCCCAGCCUCGAGCAAAUCUUCCUGAUCCUUUUUGAAGACUUGAAUUUGCACUACUCCAACGUUCAGCGCCGCUGUGCGAGCCAUAUCCGCGACAACCAGAGACUACAAGGUGACGACAUGCGACUGCUCAUUACGACCCUCCGACGCUUCAUCGGAGCCCUGAAUCACGGCGGCCAACACGCCUCCGAACUUUUGCAGGAUACAGCUGUACGACCGAAUGUGGAUGCCCCUCAAACGGAUGGUAUGUCGCUGCUAGCGGACACAUGCGUGCGGUUGCUGUUCAGCGAGCACCACACCCGUGAAGACCUGAACCGUGUAGCAAUUUCAGCAUUGGAUGUCCUACUUACAAGCCCUUCGGCGCCUAAAGUGCGGCUUCUCGAUCUCGAUAAUAUGCUACUGGAUAAGCUCCCCGUAUGCAUCGAAAGCGGGUCUAGUGGUCUGCAAAGUGGACUGCUAGGAAUUAUACAGCGGUCGAUCAAGCUUCGGCUGAUGCAGGCUACUACGACAGCUGACGCAGGGCCGAGAGGCUCAGCGAGCUCCAAAAGGCCGUCCAUGACACCAUACUCGCGGCCAGCUGCCAGUGCAUCAAGCUUGAGUAUUGCACCAACCCCACCCACGCAGCUUUUCAGAUGCCUCCGCAUCGGCUUCUCCUCACCGCGGACGCGUUAUCACCUAGAUCAAUGGCUUGCUUUCUUGGCAGACAUACUGCCUACUUUCGCUGACGCCUUGUUCGCGAACUUACUGCCACUAGUGGAGUGCUUCUGUGAGGAGCUGGACAAACUUCAGCGGGUGAUGCAAAGGAACUCCCUGGAGGUAGAGGCUGAGCAGACACCGAUGCCAGAUAUUGUCGCGACGAGGUUACUCGAAGGUCUGGAGAUGGUACUUAACCGAGCAUACCAAUGCCUCCUCGCAGAGACAGAAAGCGAGGCCACGCCUAAGGAGAUUGAAAGCAAGCCUGGCUUCUUGAGUAACGUCACAUCGGGAGUCUUCAAGGCGGAAGGACCUCCGAGUCGGACCACGAAGUCGAACAGUCGCUUGACGGUGACUUUGGCAUUUCACGAUGCGCUACGUAGCGCGCUCUCGCUCUGGCUGUGGGCAAGUGCACCAAUUGAUGCUGACACUCACGAUAGUCAUAGCUCCGCUACCGCAUCCCACACUGCGUUGAAGCUCCGCAACAAGACUCGUCACGUUUUGGAACAGAUAUUUUCGGUCGAACCCUUGGAGAGCUUGGAGGUCGUGAUAGCACAAUGGCGUGAUGCAGAGACUGAUCGAGAGGCGGCUUCUACUAUGAGUCUUCUGCAUAUCAUGCAAGUUGCCAGGCCCAAGAACGUGGUGCCUGCAAUUCUGGAUGCUCUAUGCAGUCGAACCAACGCUGGUGCGAUGCCACAGACCAGGCUUUCGAGCCUGACGAUCGACUUGGCGCCUUCAGAUCUUGCAACUUUCUUCUGGGCAUACCUUGACUCGAUGGAAGACGAUGCGAUGGACGAGAUAUGGUCAGAUUGCGUAGCAUUCAUGAAGGACGUCUUGACCAAUCCACUGCCUCAUAGGCAGGUAUUAUCGCAUCUGCUGUCGAUGUCGCUACUACUUGCCGAGAAGUUGAAUAACACAAACUUCGGAGAACAACGCAAGAUGAGACGUGAACUGGGCGACAUCUUUCAGCGACUACUGACGGCGACGUUCACCGCACUACCCUCGACGUACGUCACGGAUGUGAACGGAGAAGGCUCGCAAGAUGGCACCUCGAGCAGACAUCGCAGUCUCGAGCAGUCUAUGACACUGGUACCAGCUCUUACUCGUGUCAUUGGCAAGCUGGACCUUAUCCUCGAAACUGGAGAACGCGUAGGCUCAGCUGUCAAGAACAUCACCGAGAGUCUUGUGGCUGUCGCCUUCCAUGCGAGGUCUUUCCCUCGCAACGUGAAUCGCGAAUUGCUGGAAUUACUUCUCCAGCUGAUUCGAAAGGCGCCAACAGCAAAGUCGUGGAAGAAAGAGGUGUCAAACGCUUUCAAUGAUGCGAGACUAUUGUCAUCACCAACAGAACUGGUGCUAGAUGGCUGGUUCCCCGUGUUUCAUCAGUGGACACUACAUGAUAAGGAGAUCAUGGCUGAAGUCAUGUCACGAGUCAUGCCUCCCACGAGUGCUGGCAUCAUGUUCGGCGUAGGAGCGAGCGCAGCAAGGCUUGAAGCAGACCGCAAGACGCAGCUCAACUUGCGCAGAAUAUGCCUACUUCUACUGUCCUCACCAGAAGAUACGCAUGCAUCUCGCCUUCGACCACUUGAGGAGAAGAUCGCGGAGCUGUUUGAUGCCAGUCCAGCAUCGUCACCAUCUUCGACCAUUAGAGCCGAGCUAUUUAUGCUGUGCCGGGCCCUCAUGCUCUCCACCAGUCCUUUGAACCUUGCACCUCUGUGGCCGAUCAUCAACGAUAAGCUACAAGCAGCACUGAUGUCGUUGCUGCCCACAAGUCAAAACAGCAACGACUUCAACAACCUUACGCUUCUCCAAGCCUGCAAGCUGUUGGACCUGCUCAUUUCAAUAUCUCCGGACGAGUUCCAGCUGCACGAAUGGCUCUACAUCACCGACACAAUCGAUGCAGUGUAUCAGCCGGCGGACUGGACGCCGUCUGCCCUGACUGAUAACGUCGCUGAAGCGCUUGGCUCAAGCACGAUGGAGGACAGCAUAGUAGCAACGACCCCCGGAGGCAGCAGCACCAGCAGACGACGCCCGUUGCUGGGUGACAACCUCAAUAUUGACAAGGAGGACAUCAAAGCUUUGCCUAGAGAAGACUUUGCGCGAGCUGUCUUACGGCCAUUCUUGAGCCAGCUGAGCAUUCACGCUUAUGAAGGCGUGUACAGCUUGGAGGUGCCCGAUAUGGCAGCACUGCGGGAUAAUUUGCUGCAGGAUCUACUUGACUUGGGUACUGUGGUCGAGUAG